UUUUCAAGCGAGGUUUGUUUAGGUUGACUAAACUGCUACCUCGCUUAAAAGAAAUACAUUUCCCAUAAUGCUUCAAAUCAUCAACUGCGCCUGCUCGUCUUGUAGUCUGGAAAAAUGGCGGCACUCCUGCAACAGGAGUUGGAGGCUUCCGAACUAGCCAAGCUACCAAAAACAAUUCAAAGUAAACUCGAGAAAAUUGUUUGUGAUCUGCGGUAUGAAAUCGAUUCAUUAAAAGCCCAACACGAGCAAUUCCGGGUUGACAGCGAACAACAGUUCUUCGAAAAAGUUAAACAGCUUUCCCAAUGUCAAGAAGACUUUCUGUCUCACACUCAAGAACAUCUUAAACUCAAAGAUGAGUUUAACAGACUUGGUGAGAAUAAUAUAUUUAGGUUUUCUGAUCGGACUCGGACUGAUUCCACUCAUGACUCCACAAUGUUGACCUUUAUUCUUUCUAAAAAGACUGUGCUGUCCAAAGCCAAAGAUGAAUUGGAGGCAGAAAAGCGAGAACUUGUGCGAACACUGGAAAGGAGAUCCUUAGAAGUGGAGAACUUAAAUGAUGACCUGAGGCAACUCAAUGAUAAGUUGGUGGAAGUGAACUCGUCAAAGAUGACCCUGCAGAUGAAGAUGGAUGAUCUCGAAGCAGCUGAAGUCAACAUCAAAUAUAAGGAGAAGCGAAUGGAACAAGAGAAAGAGCUGCUGAACAGCCAGACAGCUUGGCUUAACGAGGAGCUGAAGGCCAAGAGUGAGGACCUGCUGUCCCUGUCCCGGCAGAAGGGUAACGAGAUCCUGGAGCUGAAGUGUUCCCUGGAGAAUAAAGAAGAUGAGAUGAAAAAACUCCAAGUUCAAGUGACCAGUCUGAAGACAUCAAACGAGAACCUUCAGAAACAAAACGAGGAGAUGAUCAGUAAACUCAAAGAAGCCAAGGAGCAACACGCCAACAUGGAGGAGAAGUUACGAAACGAGCUCAAUACCAACAUUAAGCUUUGCAAUUUAUACAAGGGAGCAGCUGCAGAUUCUGAGGCCAAAAGCAAAGAGCUGAGUCAGGCGGUGGAGGAGCUGCACAAGCUGCUGAAAGAUGCCGGUGAAGCCAACAAGGCUUUUGAGGAUAAGUUGCAGGAAAUGAACGGCGUCACAGACAAAACUGUCGGUGAGUUAAAGGACAGGAUCCAGGGCCUUGAGAAGGAGCUGGACAAUGCCAAUGAACUGCUGUCAAGUUCCAAACUUAGAGGCCCUGUUGCCUCAACAUCCAUUCUGACAGAAGAGCAAAUGACAACAAUGUCUCCAACAGCCGCUGCUAUAUCCAAGAUAAAACCUGGUAUGAAGCUGACUGAGUUGUAUACAGCAUACGUGGAGAGCCAGGAGCAGCUGCAGUUGGAGCGGUUGGAGAACAAGCGAGUCAACAAGUAUCUGGAUGACAUUGUGCAGGAAGUGGAAGCGAAAGCCCCCAUCCUGAAAAGGCAGAGCGAUGAGCAUGAGCGCAUGCAGAAAUCAGUGGCCAGCCUUUCUGCCAAGCUGGAGCAGGCUGUUAAGGAGGUUCACCGCCUGCAGAACGAGGCCGACGAGGCCAACAAGCGCUCCUCGGUCCUGGACAGAGACAAUCAGAGAUUUGAGCUUCAGCUCGCUGACAUGGCUCAGCAGGUUCGCGUGCUGCUGAUCGAGCUGGAAGAAGCUCGUGGGAACCACGUGAUUCACGAGGAGGAGGUGAGCUCAGCUGAUGUCAGCAGCACGUCAGAGGUGAUCAGCCAACACUUGGUGACUUUCCGUAGCGUGGAGGAGCUUCAGAAGCAGAACCAGCGUCUUCUCGCGGCCCUCAGAGAUCUCAGUGAAGCCCAGGAGAAGGAGGAGCUUGAGGCUACCGGCAAUAAGCACAGGGAGCUGGAGCAGAGUUUGGAGAAGGCCCAGGCUGAGCUGGAGUCUCUGAGAGAGCAACGCAGCCAGCAGAUAAAGAUGACCGAGUCCAUUGUGAGGCAGAGGGACAUGUACCGAGUCUUACUGGCUCAGGCGACCGGAGUCAACUUCCCACAACAAGGUACACCAUCUGAAGAAUUCUCCCUGACGUCUACCCCACGUCGUUCCCCCGCGGCCACUCCCACCGCAGGAACACCCACCGCUCUUGUUUCCAUGGCCACAGAGUCUGCUGAGGCGUUGGAGGCCAAGGCGGCUCUGCGACAGUUGCAGGAUGUCUUCUCCACCUAUAAGAAGGAGCGUGCGGAGAGCGAGAAGACAAUGACCGAACAGAACGAGAAACUCCAGGAACAGCUCUCGGAGCUCCGCUCCCAGAAUGCCAAGAUAUCCACACAGCUAGAGUUUGCUUCCAAAAGGUAUGAGAUGCUGCAGGACAAUGUUGAGGGCUACAGGAAGGAGAUUGCUUCACUGAGAGAGAAAGGACAGAAGAUGGAGGCUGCCACGCAAAAGCUUGAACAGACCGUCCACACGUUGAAUGAGGAUCUUAAAGAGUCCAAGGAGAAACUCGCCAUGGCUGAGGGCCGCGCUGAGAACUUGCGUAAGGAGAGAGACAUGCUGAAGCUGGUCGAGUCCCGGCUGAAUCAGGAGAAAGAGACGAUUGUGAGCCAGCAGCAGAGCCAAAACCUGCUGCUGACCAACCUCCAGGCUAUUCAGGCGACUCUGGAGCGCUCCGAGGUCGACACACGUCAGCGUCUGAACAGCCAGUUAGAGAAACAGGAGCGAGAGAUCUCGCAGCUACAGAAGAGGCUCGAACAAGAAGUGGAGCAGCGCCACCUGCUCAGCAGAAACCAGGAAAUCCAGUUAAUGGAUGCAAAGAGGCAGUUGGAGGCACAAGUCGCCUUACACCAAAAAACAAAAGAACAACUUAAUGCCGCCGAGUCUGAGCUCAACGCCCUCAGGAUGCAGCAAGGCAGCAUCGAAGGGCGUCACAUCCUGAGCUCCCCCUCUGUUAAACUGGCAGCUGAAGCUCAAGAUAAAUAUGAGCGGGAGAUGAUGCUGCACGCAGCGGACGUGGAAGCCCUGCAGGCAGCUAAAGCCCAGGUCCUGCAGGCUGCAGAGCUCAAACACCAGCUGGGGGAGAGAGAGCAGAGGAUCAGUGCUGAGCUACUGGAGGCCAGAGUGUCAUGGGAGGAGCAAGAGAAGAUCCUCAAGGAGGAGAUGUCCAAGAUGGAGAGCCGCUAUGAGGAGCUGCAAAGGCAGAACACCCUCCUUCAUGAGCAGAUCCAGGCCAUGAGCAGCAAGAUGGCAGAUAAUUUGCAGCGUGCUGCCAGUGAAAGUUCCCUCAACAUAUCUUUGACUGAAGAGGGAAAAUCCCAGGACCAGCUUCUUGAGAUUCUCAGGUUUGUACGUCGGGAGAAGGAGAUCUCAGAGUCUCGUUUUGAGGUCGCCCAAGGGGAGACUUUGCGUUACCGUUUGAGGGUGGAGCAUUUGGAACGAGAGCUGAAGGAGGUGCAGGACAGUUUGAGUGCUGCUCGAGAGAGGAUGCAGGUGACGGCGAAGACCCUGGCUCAGCACGAUGAGCUGAUGAAGAAGACGGAAACGAUGAGCAUCCUAUUGGAGACAAACAAGAGUCUGAGAGAAGAGAGGGAUAAGAUGGAGCAGGAACUGCAGCAAACUCAAGCUAAGGUUGCUCAGAAGGGCCGGGACAGACACAAGAACGGGCUGCAGAAGGAGAUCGAGACCAAAAACCAUGAACUCCAGGAGAAGAUGCGAACCAUCGCACAGAUCAAGAAGAUCGGACGGCGUUACAGGACGCAGUACGAUGAGCUUAAGGUGGCGCACGACAAGCUUGUAGCUGAGGCCGCGGCAGGCCCAUCCCAAGAGGAGGAGGCUCGUCAGGCCUCGGUUCAGGAGCUGCAGAGCCUCAGAGAUUCUCUGAGUCAAGCUGAAGCUCGGAGUGCAGACCUAGAAGGACAGCUGGAGAACAUGAAUAAGGUUGUCACGGAGCGCGAGACCGAUGCACGUAACGCCCAGGAACAAUCAUCUCGGCUGCAGACAGAGCUGACCAGGCUGCGGCAGGAGCUGCAGGAUAAAGCCUCUCAGGAGGACGCGCUCCGACAGCAGAUGGCUGAGAAGGAGGAGAAGACCAGGAAAGCCAUCGUUUGUGCCAAGCAGAAGAUCAACCAGCUCGUGGGCGCUAAAGACCAGUUGCAGAAGGAAAACGAGGAGCUGAAACAGCAGCGCGAGGAGCUGGAGGUGCGAGUGAGCGCUCUGAAGUCUCAAUACGAGGGCCGUCUGAGUCGGCAGGAGCGAGAACUCCGAGAGCUGCGAGGUCAACAGGAGAGACAAGAGCAGCGAGACGAGCCAGCUGAGGCAGGUCCCAGCAAGACCCAAGAGCCGCAGAGGAGCACGGAGCAGAGGCAGAUCAGCCUGAAGACCACUCCAGCUGCAGACAGGGGCAGUGCCAGCACCUCCGAGCCUCCAACCGCCAACAUUAAGCCUACACCUGUAGUUGCUACAGCCAGUAAACAGCCCGUCAACCCAGGGAACAAACCCACUCCGAGAGCAAGCAUCAGGCCCAUGAUCACCCCAGCUCCUGUGCCCACUCCUACGCCCACUGCUACGGUCAUGCCCACCACCCAGGUGGAGACGCAGGAAGUGAUGCAGCCGGCUGAAGGUCCACCAGUGGAGCAUGUGACUGUGUACGGCAGUGCGAGCGGCUCGGUGCGCUCCGCCAGCCCCAAUGUCCAGACGACCUUAGCUAGCCCCAUGCUCACUGUGCAGCAGACUCAGACACAGGCCACCGCAUUCGUUCAACCAACGCAGCAGCAGAGCAUGACCCAUACAGAGCCAGCCAAUCAGGAGCCACCGCCUGUGGCGAUCGAGGCCACGCCUAGCUCGCAGGUGGAGCGGCCGUCGACGUCGUCCUCUGUGUUUGGAACCGUGUCAGCAACACCGGGAACAUCAGCAAUGUCCAAGCGUCCUCGGGAAGAGGAGGAGACCGCCAGCGUGGUCGCUGACACUGAAGCCACUCAGGAGGACACCUCGCGGGCUCCCAUAUCAAAGAAGCUGCGCAUUAUCCAGAGAGUGGGUCCAGAGGAAGAGGUGCUGGCCGAGGAUAGCGCUGAGGCCGAGGGAGUGGUGCCGACAGACAGUCUAGACGGAGAAGGAAGCCAGACCGAGGCGUUUUCCACGCUGGAGGAUGGAGAUGAAGGCUCAGCCUCUCAGUCCCUUACAAUGGAGCAAGAAGUUACCCUGAGCCAAAGCGAGACCACACAACAACUGCAGCAGGAAGUGAUCGUUAUCGUAACGGACACAGAGAGUGACGAAGAACAAGAAGAGGAGGAAGACGAAGACGAAGAGCAGGACUACGAUGACGAGGAUGAAGAAGAUGAAGACGAGGAGGAGGAAGAUGACGAGGAGGAUGAUGAUGACGGAGAGAUGGGAGAGGAAGGAGAGGACAGCAACGAGGGCAGCGGAGAUUGCAACGAGCCCUACGAAGGAGACGACACAGAGGGAGCUGACGUAACGGAGCCGGGCACUGAGACGGAGGAGAGUCUGGGGGCGUCCGACUCCACCCAAAGGCCGGCGGAUUCCCAGACACCCAGCUUUGAGAGCGGCACAAUGGAGGCUUUCUCUGCAGAGCAACCCACAAGCUCUGGUACACGCAUGCCCCAGUCGCCACGGAGACCAGUGCAUCAGCUGCCUUCACAGCGUAUCCCAGUGCGCCGCCAGUCAGUGGGCAGACUUGCUCCCGGUGUGCCGGGCAGCGCUCAGCACUUUUUCGAUGAGGAUGACAGGAUGGUUCCCAGCGCUCCCACUCUGGUGGUGCCUCACCGCUCUGAUGGUUUCGAUCAGGCCAUCCACUCGCCACAGGUAGCUGGCGUGCCGCGCUUCAGGUUUGGCCCUUCAGACGACAUGCCGCAGACCAGCUCUUCCUCACACUCUGAUCUGGGUCAGCUCGCGUCACAAGGAGGUCUUGGGAUGUAUGACAGUCCCCUGUUUUUAGCCACUCACGAGGAGGAGUCUGGUGGACGCAGCGUUCCCACCACUCCGCUACAAGUUGCAGCUCCAGUAACUGUUUUCUCAGAAGUGGCUCAGUCCGACACAGAGCACGCCUCUCAGUCUGUUCCCAUGGUGAGCACAUCAACACCAGGAGCUGCCGGUGCAGGGGAGGAGAGAGACGACGUCUUCCUGGAGCCAGACACUGAUAGGCCCGGUGCCGAAGUGUCGGUGGACCCCGUGGUGUCUCAGGGCGAUAUGGAGGAGUCGAGCCAAGCGUCCGACAAGAGCAGCCUCCCCUCCACCAGCCAGGAGCCUUCCUCCAGCUCUGCAGAUACAAGCAGCGCUCCACCAAAACAGUCUCGGCCCGGGCCCAGCAGACAGCUCCAACGAUGGCCGGACAGCCGCGGCGGCCGCAUGAAGAGAGGAGGUCAAGCUUUUCCUUCAUGGAAACAGGGGAGAAGAUUCGCCCGAUGAAGGAAAAAUCAAAGUGAAGAGCUCAUCGUUCCUUCAGGAAAGCUCAGACGUGAUCAUGUUCUGUUAUGAAGCAUGUUGGGCUUUGAUUUAGUUUCAUUUUGUUAAUGCGAUUAGAUACUUUCUUGUAAUUGUGUCCAUCCUGAUGUGUUUUAUGAUGAUUAUAAUAAACUUACAAAGCGAAAA